CAACGUUUUACGACAGUUCUCCACCAUUUCCGGUACAAACACAUGCACGCCCGAGCGACGAAAACAUGAGAGGUCAAAAGUUAUGAUCCUAAUCUUUAACAGAAACGGAACGUAACACACAGGCAUGGCCAGUUCCAUGGUGGCAGUGGGACUGGCUCUGGCUGCAGCUGGAUUUGCAGGUCGCUAUGCCAUGCAGGCCAUGAGGCAGUUGGAGCCUCAGAUGAAACAAGCCAUUCAGAGUUUCCCCAAGACGACUUUUGGAGGAGGGUACUAUAGAGGUGGAUUUGAUCCAAAGAUGACAAAGAGAGAAGCUUCUCUGGUUUUAGGUGUCAGUCCCACAGCCAACAAGAUUAAGAUCAGAGAGGCACAUAGAAAACUGAUGAUCCUGAAUCACCCAGAUAGAGGUGGAUCUCCCUACUUAGCAGCGAAGAUAAAUGAAGCAAAGGAUUUCUUGGACGCCCAGACAAAGAAGUGAAGAUGCCAGCAAUGACAGAAAAUGGGAUUCCACACUGCUCUUAUCCAAGCUGUUUGCACUGACUGAUUUGAGCAAUUACCAGAGUUUUCUAACUCAUUGUUCUCAAAUAAAAUCACGCUGUACAAAUUGU